UUGCAUCACAGAAUAAAAUUCCUAGUGCACGCGCUCCGGGCUCUGCCGGCUCAAUUACUCCUUUACCUAUAAGCGCAUGCAGCGCACACUAAUCCGGAACGAUCGGUGAUGCAUUAGCACCGUGAAGUGUGUGUCAACGAAAGCUUUCGCCGUUUUGUUGAAGUUUCUGUUGCGGUCUGAGCCGAAUGGAAAGGCGAGAGAGCGACAUCGGCAUCAGCAACAGGGCACAGCUAAAUCAACAGCGAGGACAAUUGUAGAGAAAGUAUCUGGAUCGUCCAGAGAUACAACUGUAACCAGACACGCUGACGUCAUUAAUCGUUUUUUCAUUUCGUUGUUUUAAUUGUGUGAGGAUUUAUUGCAUUUUUGCGUCAUUAAAUGGAGCGGCGUAGGUGACGUUUGGACUGUUGCGUUCACCGGCGAGGAAAAAUAUGUAUGGCCGCUACACACAAGAGCUGGGCGCCUAUGCCAAAGAAGAGGCAGCUCGUCUGCGUGAGGAUGGAGCACUGCGGAGGACCACCAGUGUGCGUGGCCAGGCCCCAGAACUGCAGGAGUAUGAGAAAGACCCGUGUGCCAAGUGUCAAGUCUGUACGUCACGUUGUAAGAAGUUCCUGAUUUCCCGCGUGGGUGAAGACUGGAUCUUCCUCAUCCUCUUGGGGCUUGUCAUGGCAUUGGUCAGCUGGGCCAUGGACUACACCAUUGCCUUCUGCCAGCAAGCACAGAAAUGGAUGUAUGCUGGUCUGCACAAUAACAUGCUCCUUCAGUACCUGGCCUGGGUCACCUACCCCGUGGUCCUAAUCACCUUCUCCGCCGGCUUUACGCAGAUACUCGCGCCACAGGCAGUGGGCUCUGGGAUCCCUGAGAUGAAGACCAUCCUCCGAGGUGUGGUGCUGAAGGAAUACCUUACUUUCAAAACCUUUGUCGCCAAAGUGAUUGGCUUAACUUGUGCCCUUGGAAGUGGCAUGCCUUUAGGCAAAGAGGGACCAUUUGUUCAUGUUGCCAGCCUGUGCGCUGCUCUGUUAAGCAAAUUCAUGGCCUUGUUUGGAGGAAUCUACAUGCUGAAGGAAGAGCCCUUUGAGGGAAAUAAGAAUGAACUAAGAAACACGGAGAUGCUGUCAGCGGCCUGUGCAGUGGGCGUGGGCUGUUGCUUCGCGGCCCCAAUCGGAGGGGUGCUGUUUAGCAUUGAGGUCACAUCUACAUUCUUUGCUGUGAGGAACUACUGGAGAGGAUUCUUUGCUGCAACCUUCAGUGCCUUUAUCUUCAGGGUCCUGGCAGUGUGGAAUAAGGAUGAGGAGACGAUCACAGCUCUCUUCACAACUCGCUUUCGUAUGGACUUUCCCUUUGACCUACAGGAGCUUCCAGCUUUUGCUGUGCUUGGGAUUGCCAGUGGUUUUGGAGGGGCUUUGUUUGUCUACCUAAACCGAAUAAUAGUGGAAUCUAUGAGAAAACAGAAAACUAUCAACAAGUUUUUGCUGAAAAAAAGGCUUGUUUAUCCUGCUGUGGUCACUCUGCUCGUGUCCACUCUCACCUUUCCUCCAGGAUUUGGCCAGUUCAUGGCAGGCCAGCUGACUCAACAUGAGUCACUGCUGGCACUGUUUGACAACCAGACGUGGUACAAGCAAGGUGUUGCUGAGGAGUUUGAGUUCUCCAGUCACGUUCCUGAGGCCUGGAAGCACCCGCAUGUCAGUGUCUUCAUCACGCUUCUCCUCUUCAUCGUCAUGAAGUUCUGGAUGUCAGCUUUGGCCACAACAAUGCCUGUGCCAUGCGGGGCCUUCAUGCCAGUUUUUCUCAUUGGGGCUGCAUUCGGCCGACUUGUUGGCGAGAGCAUGGCUGCCGUUUUCCCCGACGGGAUACACGCUGACAGCACUGUAUAUCCCAUAGUUCCCGGCGGUUACGCAGUUGCAGGGGCGGCGGCUCUCUCUGGCGCAGUCACUCACACCGUGUCCACCGCCGUCAUCGUGUUCGAGCUGACUGGUCAAAUCUCACACAUCCUGCCUGUGAUGAUCGCAGUCAUACUGGCUAACGCUGUGGCUCAGAGUCUCCAGCCUUCCCUUUACGAUUCCAUCAUCCGCAUACAGAAACUUCCGUACCUGCCGGAGCUUGGCUGGGGACAGGAGAAAUAUAAUAUCCGAGUGGAGGACAUAAUGGUGAGGGAUGUGCGGUUUAUCACUUUCUCGUCCUCUUACCGGGACCUGCAGGAAGCUCUCGUAACGGGCCAGCUUAAGACUCUUGCCCUGGUGGAGUCCAAAGAGUCCAUGAUCCUGCUGGGUUCGAUAGAGCGGUCACAGCUGCUGUCGCUGCUCUCACAGCAGCUCGGUCGGGGCCGCAGGCUGGAGUACUUGAGAGAGCGCGCUCAGGACAACGGUACCCAUGUGCCCACAUUCCCCCAGGACUCUCCCUCCAGAACCGGCCAUGGGGUACGCUUCCUGAUCUCCACUGAAGAAUCCUCCUACAGCCCUACACUGACUAACUCUCAGAUCCCCCUCAAGUCUGCUCUGAAGACAGUGUCUGCAAUCAGCAACCCAGAGUCAUUGCACAGCCCUCCAAAUCUCUCCUCCGGGGAACCUGUGAAGGAGCUGCUAGAGUGCAAUGCUGGCCCCAUGUCUCCUAAGAGGAGCAGAAGGCCCAAGCGUGUGAAGAUUACCAUGGCGGACACUCCUGAUGUGGAAGAUGACAUGUCAGCUGCAGAGAUAGCAGAGUGGGAGGAGCAACAGUUGGAUGAAGCUGUAAAUUUCAACAAUUGUAAAAUAGACCCCGCCCCCUUUCAGCUAGUGGAGCGAACAUCUUUGCAUAAGACACACACCAUUUUCUCACUGCUUGGCCUGGACCAUGCCUAUGUCACCAGCACUGGACGUCUAGUAGGCGUGGUAUCUUUGAAGGAGCUUCGUAAGGCCAUCGAGGGGUCUGUAACGGUGACCGGAGUGAAAGUUCGUCCCCCGCUGGCCAGCUUCCGUGACAGCGGCAACAGCAGCAGUGUUUCAGAAGUUACCGAGCUCCACAAGCUCUGGAGUCGUCACAAGAGCAUGUCGUUGCCACGGGAACCCAACCUCCCUGACCUGGAAGACCAAGGGGAGCAGCCGUCUGAAGGCAGCCUGGUAAAUGAGACCGAGUGCACGGAGCUGUCCAGUCAGAACAGCCCCUUACAUACAGAUGACCGAUCAGAGCUGCCCUACGUCGAUAGCACUCCCCAAGAGGAGCAUCUGCCAAAGCUCCCCUAUGACUGUACCCACCCACUUCAGGAUGACUCGGAGACAGUCAAUGAGCAUUGCCUGACCCAGUGCGAGGAACCUUUGAGUGUGGGAAGCCCCUCGCACUCGAAGGGUCAACCGGAAUGACUGCUGCUUGUUAAUGGUAAUGCACGCUUCAUUUACACCAUAAUCCGGAUCGCGAAGUCAAGGUGAGGAGGUCGAACGUGGAAGUCAUUUAAGCAGUGAAGCACACUGUCCGUUCUGUACUUAUCAAACCCCCAAUCGCUGGUCUCUGACAAAAAACACUCCGCAUGUGUAUUUGUACAUUCUGAUGUGUGACUGAUGCUUGUGUUCAUGUUGGUAAGAUGCGACAGUGCAGGUUUUCAGUUUAUGAUGUCAGAACAUCAGGGUGACACAUAGUCAGGGGAGCACAACUAGGCCUAUAGUGUGGCCGUUUCACUAAGCCCUAGAGAUUUUAUCGAAAAUCGUGUAAACCACAGCGGGUGAUCAUUUUUGAGCAUGUGGAAUGUAUUUUCAUCCCAAACUCCUGCGAAUGUUGAUUUGUAGCUUUUCUGUGCAUGUUUUGUCUUUGCGCAAGUGAUAGAGAGUGCGCGAGAGUGACUCAGCUGCACCUAGCCAACGCACCCAUCUGGUGCCGACACUUUAAAUCCAAAUAAAUUGUCUUUGAGAGCGAAACUACAAUUUCGCUCUAAAUAUAGCCCUUAAUAACCGACACUGCGAGGAAACGCGGAGGGAGGGGGAGUUAAGGAUAACCAAUGGGUGGGCAAGAGAUGCCACAGAAGACAUGGAUAGAACAAGUACGUGAUGUGGGGACAAAAAUGAGACCGGAUGGGUUCACAAAAGAGAGAAGAUGGGAGGAUGAAGAGUAGAUGGAAAAUGAACAGCAGUGCCGCAGGAGCUUCCAUCCAGGGCAGUUUGUAAGCACAUUGUAAUUAGCAUUCAAAUAACACAAACCUAUUCCAUAGCGAAAGGAUCAGACGACAUGCACAUGGUUUGGUCCCUGUAAUUAUGAGUAAUGAUAGCCCCCAACAUGUAGACAUGUUUAGCAUGCUCAGAUCUGUUUCUGAUUCAGGACCAGGGUUAGCGUAGCUGCCUCGCUGUUCCAAAUAUUUCAAAGUAUCCUCCCUCACAAUAUCAAUGUUAUGGAGACUCCAAGUGGAGAAAUGGAGCCGUUUAUUCAUUUUUAAUUAUAUGCAUGCGCCCCAAUGCUGUCUUUGCAUGCGUACACACGUGCACAAACAUUAUACAUCAUGGAGCGCCGGACCGGCUUUUUAGCCAGCCAUUAAAAAGGUCAUGCAGGGCUGUUAUGUGUUACAUCACUGAAAUUAACUGAUUUUUUGAUCCUGGAUUGAAAAUCUGCAUGUGUUCAGAAAUUGAACGUCACACACGACCACACCAAUGCACACAGUGAUUCACAAGAGUUGCGAAGCUGUACCUGCAGUGUAGAGGUCUCGCUUUUGAUCUGCCUAAUCCAGCCUUUGUAUAAAUGUCAUCGCAGUAACUGGGACACUUUGUGGUCACCGUGCAGAUCUCAUCCAGCAAUUUAUUUUUAUCAUUUAAGUAUUUAAAUGUGUUUCAUUAGAAUUAUGGAUGUUCUGUGUACCUGCAAUCUUGUCAUAUUUGUGUUUUUACUUUUACUUGUAAAGCUUUUUUAAAUUAAGUUGGAGCUUUAUGCAAUAAUGCUAUAUCCUUGAAAGUAAUGUUUGCCAAAUCAUUUUACUGAACGCUGACUGUGUUUCUACAGUGCAUAUUAUUUUUUACAUGUUUAAAAGCACAUAAGUUAUAAAUAUUAUAGAAGCCAACAGACAAGAAAGGGUAGGCAAUAUCUUUACUGUUCAAACAGUAUAUAUAUUUUUUAAAUGCCUUCACAAUACCUAACAUGUUAACUGGACUGUAGAAGCGGUUAUUCACAUUUCAGUUUCACAUGAGAAUCUUCUGUUUGCAUUAGAACUGUGGAUGAAUGAUGCUAUGCAGUAUAGUCAAUAACAGCACAAGUACCCUGGCACCGUAUUAGCAAAGCAAGCCAGCGUCUGAUUUAUGUUUCUUAUUUGUACACUGCAAUGGGGGAUAAAGGUGUGAUUUAAACGGAUUAAGACAAGUGGACCAAAACCAUAACCAUGCACUCGACUUCCUGACACAGCCUCUCUCUCAGAAAUGUCUAGUAUUGGUUUCUGUGAGUUAAACGUUCAUUUGGCUGCACUAAUCAGCUGUUUUAUGGAUCACUUAAGCUGGGAUAAGAUGAAUAACUUACUUCUUAAGCUAAUAAUUAUCUUUAGAUAUGUUGUGUCAUGUAUUUGCUGCUUGUGCAGUUUAAAUCGAACCCAUGGUGUUUAAAUUGUCUGCUGAUAUGCCGCACAUUCAGUGUAGAGUUAAGCAAUAAAUCUGCUCCCAUUUCCCUAAAUGUUUUUAUAAAUCAUUUGCUUGUACAGAAUACAGGGUAAAGUGGUAUGUAUAUAAACUCAGUUCACAUACCCUGUACAUAUAGAGAUAAGCAUUUUGAAUCAGCUGUCGCCAUUAUUUUUCAGAAAACAUGGAAUUGUUUUGUACAUCAGUAAAUAUUAAAUUUCAACUUUAAAUGUA